UGCAGUGACGCCAAUUCGAAUAAACAUUUGUGUAUAAUAUAUACAAUGCGUUUGGCAAUAUUUUUAUUAAUAUUUUGCAUAUUCGAAUAUGCUGUUGGAGUCGAUCCAACAAAUUUUAAAACAUGUGAACAGAGCAGUUUUUGCAGGCGUAGCCGUAAAAUCCAACCUGGAAAUUCCAAAUUUGCCUUGGUACCCGGUUCCAUGAACACAUAUUCUAAUUCAAUAACUGUAGACCUCAUCAACAAAGAAACACAACAUUUGUAUAUUUUGAAAUUGGAAGCUUUGGUGAAUAACAAAUUCCGUCUAUUAAUUGAUGAGAAGACGCCCUUGAAGCCCAGAUAUAAAGUUGAACAUGUUUUAAUUGGAGAACCACAAACCGAACCACUUGUCGUUGAGAAUGAAGACAAAACGGAAAUUGUUUUAACAUCGGGUGCAAAUAAAGCUGUCAUUGUUGCCGAUCCCUUCCGUGUUGAUUUCUAUGAAAAUGGCGCUUUGGUUGUAUCGGCCAAUGCCAAGGGUCUGAUGAAUUUCGAACAUAUACGCAAUAAACCACAAACUAAUCCCGAUGGCAGUCAAAACGGAGAAGAAGGUGGUGAGGCGGUUGCUGCACCUCAAACACCCGAAGACAGUGAUCCCGGUGCAUGGGAAGAAAACUUUAAAUCACAUCAUGAUUCGAAACCAAAUGGCCCUGAAGCUAUUGCCUUAGAUUUUUCAUUCCCUGAGGCUGAUGUUCUGUUUGGCAUCCCUGAACAUGCUGAUAGUUUUAUUUUGAAAUCUACCUCGGGUACAGACCCCUAUCGUCUAUACAACUUGGAUGUCUUUGAGUAUAUUAUUGAUAGUAAAAUGGCUUUGUACGGUUCGGUGCCGGUUCUCUAUGGCCAUGGCGCACAACAUACGGCUGGUGUUUUCUGGCAAAAUGCCGCCGAAACAUGGGUGGAUAUUUAUUUAACGGAACAAAAUGUUGUGUCGUCAAUUGUUAAAUUGGUAUCCGGGUCACGUAAAGUGGAUCCUCCAGCAGCCAAUUUUAUUUCGGAAUCGGGUAUUAUUGAUGCUUUUAUUUUAUUGGGUCCCACACCGAUGGAUGCCUUUAAGCAGUACACCUCAUUGACGGGUGUUGCCAAUUUGCCACAACUUUUCUCUUUGGCCUAUCAUCAGUGCCGUUGGAAUUACAACGAUGCCAAGGAUGUGGAAACGGUAUCAACGAAAUUCGAUGAAUAUGAUAUACCCAUGGAUAUUAUGUGGUUGGAUAUUGAAUAUACCGAUGGCAAGAAAUAUUUCACCUGGGAUCAAUUUAAAUUCCCCGAUCCCUUGAGCAUGAUUAAAAAUCUUACCGAUGUGGGAAGACAUUUAGUGGUUAUCAUUGAUCCGCAUAUUAAACGUGAUAAUGGUUAUUUCUUCCACAAUGAUUGUACCGAGAAGGGUUAUUACACGAAGACAAGUGAUGGCAAAGAUUAUGAAGGCUGGUGUUGGCCGGGUUCGGCAAGUUAUCCUGAUUUCUUCCGUCAAGAUGUGCGCGAUUAUUAUUCAGAUCAAUAUCUGUUGUCGAAUUUCAAGACGGUCACCUCGGAUGUUAUGAUUUGGAAUGAUAUGAAUGAACCUUCUGUGUUUAAUGGACCUGAGGUUACAAUGCCCAAGGAUUUGAUACAUCAUGGUGGCUGGGAACAUCGUGAUGUGCACAAUUUGUAUGGUCAUAUGCAUAUUAUGGGUACCUAUGAGGGUUUAUUGAGACGUGAUCCCAACCAGAGACCUUUCAUCUUGACUCGUGCGCAUUUUGCUGGCUCUCAACGUUAUGCUGCCAUUUGGACUGGUGACAAUAUGGCCGAUUGGGGUCAUUUGCAACAUUCAAUUAAAAUGUGUCUAUCAGAAGCUGUGGCAGGUUUGUCCUUCUGUGGUGCUGAUGUUGGUGGUUUCUUUGGCAACCCGGAUGCUGAAUUGUUUGAACGUUGGUAUCAAACUGGUGCCUUCUUGCCAUUCUUCCGUUCACAUGCCCACAUUGAUACGAAACGUCGUGAACCAUGGUUAUUCCCUGAGAAGACACGCCUUAUCAUUCGAGAUGCCAUCCGCAAGAGAUAUUCCUAUUUGCCAUUGUGGUAUACAAUGUUCUAUGAACAUGAAAUGGAUGGUAGUCCGGUUAUACGUCCCUUGUUGGCUCAUUAUCCCAAAGAUAAGGAUGGUUUUGCUAUUGAUAAUCAGUUCUUGUUGCAAGAUCGCAUCUUGGUUAGACCUGUUAUGCAGCAUGGUGUUAGCAAAGUGGAUGUCUACUUCCCGGCACUGGAUGAAAAGAAGACGGUCGGAGAUGUUUGGUAUGAUACUGAUACUUAUCAGAAAUAUGAACGUGUUGGCAAGGAAACAAUACAAGUUAAUGAAUAUAAGAUCCCCGUAUUCCAACGUGGCGGCUCCAUUGUACCCAAAAAGGAACGCAUACGCCGUUCUUCACCUCUAAUGAAGAAUGAUCCCUACACAUUGAUUGUGUGCCUGGAUCGUAAUGGCAAGGCUGAAGGUACCCUUUAUUUGGAUGAUGAGAAAUCCUUUGAUUAUCGCCAAGGCAAAUUUAUCUACAUCAACUAUAAGUUUGAGAACAACAAGUUGACCAACAACUUUGUUAAACCACCAAAUUAUGAUUCAAAAUCAUGGAUUGAACGUAUUGUCAUUGCCGGUUUGGAACGUCAACCAAAAUCUGCUACCAUCAACAUUAAUGGUGUCACCGAACAGCUAGAAAUUAUUGCCCAUGAAAAGGCCUAUGCCGUACGCAAACCUGGUGUAGCAAUACAUAAAGAUUUUGAAAUUAAACUUAACUAUUAGAUUAAUAAAU